GACUGAGCUGCGCUGCUCCCUUGUUCGUUCUCUCCUGUCCUCUCCCCGCUAGCUUCAAGAGCAGGCUAAGUCCCUUCCCUGCUGGCCACCUCACUUGGGCUGGGAAACAUGAACACAGAGAAGAUUGUCAUCCAGGGGCCGGGGCCCUGGGGUUUCCGCCUCGUGGGAGGAAAGGACUUCGAGCAGCCCCUCGCCAUUUCCCGGGUAAGGUCCCGACCGGGCUGCGGUGCCUGCUCCGGGGCCGUGCGAAGGCACCGGGGUGGAGAACUUACUGGGGCUGAGCGAAGGGGACCUAGUGUAGAGAGACCGGGCGACACAGACACCCUCCCGGGAAACUUGCAGAGGCUGGGGUUCUUGGAGGCAGUAAAAGAUCCGGUCCCCGGGGCACCCUCCCCUCUCGCUCUUGGCCGUGGCGACGCGGACUCCCGGCUCCUCACCCCGUCCGGCAGCCACAGAUUCCUGCCGUCCAGGCACCACUUUCUUCUUCCUGCUCUGCUGCUACUGUUGUACUACCAGACUGCCAGCUCCCAGCCUACUCUGGCUGUUUUGGCAUGGUUGGAAGUCUUGCACAUAGGAAGCGCCCACAACCGAAGCGCCAUGCCUUUCUCAGCCAGCCCAGCAUCCAGCGCUUCCCCUCGCAUCAUCACUGCCCAAUACAACAACCCAGCCAACCUCUACUCAUCAGAAAACAUCUCUAACUUCAAUAAUGCCUUGGAGGCAAAGACAGCGGCCAGUGUAGAGCAAAACAAUGGACUCUUAGAACACAGCCAGCCUUCAAGUCACAUUGGCAUAGCCAAAGAUUCAGAAGUUUACAAGAUGCUACAAGAGAAGCAGGAGCUAAAUGAGCCACCUAAACAGUCCACCUCGUUUCUGGUUUUGCAAGAAAUUCUAGAGUCUGAGGAGAAAGGGGACCCCAAUAAACCUUCAGGAUUCAGAAGUGUAAAGGCACCUGUUACCAAAGUUGCUGCAUCGAUUGGAAAUGCCCAGAAGCUGCCCAUGUGUGACAAAUGUGGCACUGGCAUCGUUGGCAUAUUUGUGAAGCUUCGAGACAAGCAUCGGCACCCGGAGUGCUAUGUGUGCACUGACUGUGGAACCAACCUGAAGCAGAAAGGCCAUUUCUUUGUGGAGGACUGCAUCUAUUGUGAAAAGCAUGCCCGGGAGCGAGUGACCCCCCCUGAGGGCUAUGAUGUGGUCACAGUGUUUCCCAAGUAGACCAGCAGCCGCGUGCACACUAACCUUCUCUAAUCCUCACUAUGUUUUCCUCUCUCCGGUUCCCUUUGCCUUUCUCUCCUAUUGUCUCUAGCAAUUGACAUAGUGUUAUCAUUGUGAUAUGAAACUUUUCUUUUUGCCUCAGCUAAUGGGAUAUUACCCAUCCUACGACACUAGCUUUCUAAAUGGUGGGCGUCUUGGCCUCAAGCCCUCUCAACAAGCAUCAUGUCUCCUUGCUAUACUCUACUGCUAUCUCCUGCAAACUGCAUCAGAUAGAAAUUUAAAAUAGGAGCAAAACAAAAUCUAUUGGACGUGGAAUUAAUUUUAUAGUCAAUAAAUGUGAAGAACCUGA